AUGAUGGGGAAACUGCCCCUGGGGGUUGUCUCCCCUUAUGUGAAGAUGAGUUCGGGGGGCUGCUCGGACCCCCUGAAGUUCUACGCCACCAGCUACUGUACAGCCUACGGUCGGGAGGAGUUCAAGCCCCGCAUAGGCAGUCACAGAGGCACCGGCUACAAAUCAAACUACCGGCCUGUGGUCUCCUACCAAGCCAGUCUCGGCGCCCUGGACAACCCAGCCAUGGGGGAACAAGUCCGGGAUAGUUUGCAGACGGUGACCAGCCAGAGUUACCGCCCCCUGGAGGUGCCUGAUGGCAGAACCCAGCUGCCCUGGGAUGCGUACCAGACCAACUCUGGCUACUCUCGGGAGAAGGCCAAUUCAGCACCCCCCGUCAAGGAGGUCAGGAAGGUCCAUUUUGACACCCAGGACUACGGGCCCCAGGCCAUCACGGGGCUGGAGCCCAAGCACGUGCCUCUGCUCCACCAGCAGCAGAGCCGGGGCUCCUUGGAAUGGGAGAAUGCCCGACACGGCCCGCGCUUCAUGACUUCCGAGUAUAAUUCCAAGUAUCUCAAGGAGCCUUCCAACCAGCCAGAUCUUUUGCAGAAGAAAUCAAUUGGUGCCAAGGAGGAGACCGGCUUCACCGAAGAAUCCACCAAGAACCCCAUUGUCUUCCAGCCACCCUCUCAGGUCCUCCCUGGGAACCCGGUCCUCCUUCCCAGCCGGAGUGUCACCAAGUCGGACUUUCUCCCCAUCACCCACCCUCAUGGUGACGAGUUCCUUCCAGGGCUGGCCAGAGGCUCUGAGCGGGAGUCGGGCUUCAGCCGACUGAAUGAGAGGACUCUGAACCCUAGGGUGCCUCCUCCUAGCCCAGUACCCAGCAGCAUGAGCCACUGGCAACUCCAGCACCCCCAGCGGGCACAGCAGACAAACGUUGCCCUGCUUGGCCGGGAAACUGUAGGGAAUAAGGAGCCCACAGGGUACAGCCUUAACAACCCUAGUUACGUCCGGAGCCCCUAUGACCCCGAUAUGGAUAAUCGAUACCUGACCACCUACAACCAAGGGUACUUCGAAAACAUCCCCAAGGGUCUAGACCGUGAAGGCUGGACCCGAGGUGGUAUCCAGCCCCAGAAGACCGGAGGCUACGUCCUCAACCAGCCUGUCACCCGCAUGGAGGCCACCCCCGACCCCACAGAGAGUCUGAGGCACCUGCACCCCCAUGUGGGAAGAACCCUGAUCUCGGCUGACCCCUUCUACCGCACCACACCUCCUGGCAGCAACCGCUUCAACUCACCGAACUGA